GGGCAUUUGUUGGAUGAACACGGAGGAAGCAAAGUACCGUCAGCAGCUUUGUUCUGUUGCAGCCGGUCACGAAAACGGCUAAAAUGCUCCCGGACGCCUACGGCUGCUCUGUGGCGAACAGGUACGGGGAUCUUCUGGAUGACGAUGCAGACCCGUUUGACUUGAUCAGCAAAGUGGAACUGGAGAAGGAGAAAAAGAAAAAGAAGGAGGAUGAGAAGAAAGGCAAGCAGAAAAAACCUGGUCAGAAGGAAUCGCAGAAAGACAGGCGCGUCCCCGUUGCGUCGGAUUGUCAAGACCCGGUUACAGUCCGCAAGCAGCAGCAGAGACGUCCUGGACUAGUGACUGAGAGUGGAGAUGGCAGAGAGGAGGCCCAGAGGAACACAAAGAGGGCUGCUUUUGGGGAACGUAGGGCCAUUCGACAGGACAAUCCACAGGAGUUUUCCAUCCCUAAGCCUUCCUAUAAUGCCGACUCUGACCAAUGGAGCAGAGGCGGGAUCAGAGGUAGGAGAGGAGCAAGAGGUGGAGGUGGAGGUGGAGGUGGAUACACAAGGAGCUCUGACAACUUCAACCUAAGGGGCAAGAGAGAGUAUGAUCGUCACAAUGGAACGGGUAUCUCUCCAGAGGAAAAGAGAGGAGGCAGAGGACCCUGGAACUGGGGUAGUGUUGAAGAGGGUGCCAGUGAAUUAAUGGAGGUGACCUCUGAUGCUCCAGUCAAAUCUGAAGAAUCACAAACGUCUGCAGAGGAAGACAAUCAGAAUAGAGCAAUGGAAGAAGAGGAUGGAGAGAUGGUGGUCCAGGUUGCCAUGGAGAUGACCCUGGACGAGUGGAAGGCCCUGCAGGAGACUAGUCGUUCCAAGGCGGCGUUUAAUAUCCGCAAAGCUGAGGACAAGAUUCCCUCUAAAGCCAAGGUCAUCCACCAGUCAAAGCAUGUGGAGAACUUGAAGGAGGGAAACCUGGAGGACAUUGAGGAUGAAGGCAACUUCCUCCGUAGGUCGGUAAAUGACAUCACCUCCCUUCUGGACAUCAAUUUUGGGAGUCUUGGACGUCCCAGUCGCGGCGGUCGGGGAAGGGGAGCACGAAGUGGCCCGGCUAGUCGCCCUGAGAGAGUCAAACCCAUUCUGGAGAAGGAGGACCAUCUGGCUCCUAACCCGGAUGACCCGGAGGACUUUCCAGCACUAUCAACAGGAAGAUAACUGAAUGCACUUCUCGUUACCUCCUGUGGGGAAUAUUGGUUGCACUUGCUAAAAAAAACACUUCAUAUUUCUGCUGCUCUUAAGGUUUGGGGUUUUAUUGUACUUGAUUUGUUUUGUUCUAUUGCACAGAAGGCACUAUUUGGCAUUUGACAUCUAAAAAUAAAUGCUUUGGCAAAUUUA